AUGAAUUGCCCGUCUCGCACCGACGACACCCUCCUCCAUUGCGACUGGAACCAGAACCCGCCGUUUCUGGCACCUGAUCUGACAACCCGCCAGGAUCUCAACGGCAUCUCCAAUGCCCGCGAGCUCAAGGACGCCGGGGUAAUGGGCCCGUCUCGGAUCUGUCUGGACGACGCAGACUCACCAAUAACUCGCAAGCUGGAAUCUGACGAGUCCCGGCAUAUGCCACUGCGGGCGUCCCUGACCCAGUCAGGACGCCCGACCGAUCGAGAUGGAAUCCCUCGAUCGGCUUUUAAUACACUGAAGAGCUGGGUUCUAUGGCUGGCUUCUGUUCUGGCCACAGCUCUUCUGCUCUCUGCCAGUGGUCUCGUUGACCGCUUGGCUCCCCGUUCUCAGCGCACCAUGCCUCCAGACGUUAACAAUGAGACUGUUCAGCUACGGAGGUACUCAAAGCGACAGGUCUGCGCUCAAGGUGGUGUCGACAGCAGUCAGUACAACACCUCUUUACAUGUCGGGGCUCUGUUCAUCAUUCUCGGCGUGUCGACUCUCGCCUGUGCUUUUCCGAUCCUAGUCACUCGGUUUUCUCGUCUGCGAAUUCCCCCAGGAUUUCUAUUUUUUGUGCGCCAUUUCGGUACUGGGGUGCUCAUUGCUACAGCAUUUGCGCAUUUACUUCCGACCGCUUUUACGCUACUAGGCGACCCAUGUCUGCCGGACUUCUGGACCACCGACUACCCUGCUAUGCCUGGAGCCAUCUCACUGGGCGGCAUUUUCCUCGUCACCUUAAUCGAGAUGGUAUUUAGCCCUGUUCGGCUUUCGACUGGCAAGCCACCAAAGGAAAAGGAUCAAGAAUCGGCUGCUGAAGAUGCCCCCGAGCAACCUCCCCAGCCAGUCCAUAUCCCGGGCGGCAGCAGCCCAGCAGAACCAUGCGACUGCGACCGCAGUGCCCAUUUACGUCCGAAGGGCCCGCUCGUCGGCAGGGCCUCUAGUUUCAGUCGUUCCAUCAACCGCAUCGAAGGAGACAACGACGGGAUCUGUCGCAUAUCGUCUGCACCAGAAGCCCACACGCUGCCGCAGAUCAGCGAGGUCAACCGACUCAGCGACCACCGGAAAGUCAUCGAGGACGACUUCCAGCUAUCCGAGAAGCAGAAGUGGCACAAGGAUGUCAUGCAGGUGUUUAUGCUGGAGGUCGGGAUCUUGUUCCACAGUGUCUUCAUCGGCAUGUCUCUUAGUGUCUCGGUGGGGAAUGAGUUUGUGGUUCUCUUGAUUGCCAUUGCUUUUCACCAAACGUUUGAAGGCCUGGCACUUGGCUCUCGCAUCGCCUGCUUGGAGUGGCCUCACAACGCCGCCCAGCCGUGGCUGAUGUCGCUGGCUUACGGAUGCACGACACCAAUCGGCCAAGCAAUCGGCAUCGCAACGCAUUCGCUGUACAGCCCCGAUUCGGAAGUUGGACUACUGCUGGUCGGAACUAUGAACGCCAUUUCGGCAGGACUGCUGAUUUUCGCCUCCCUGGUCGAACUGCUCUCGGAGGACUUUCUAAGUGAUGAGAGCUGGCGGGUGUUGCGUGGCCGCAGCCGGGUGAUCGCGUGCGUGCUGGUGUUUGCGGGGGCGUUCUGUAUGAGUCUGGUCGGCGCUUGGGCGUAA